GACAUUUUCACCCGGCACCACCAAUCUAGAGCCCAUGAGACUGUCUUUGGGCAGCAUCUCCUCGUGUGCUGGUCAAGUGAUCUAUAUCCCUUAUGUCUCAAGUUUCGAAUUCGUUGAAGUGACCUACAGUCCGGACCAUGGCUUCACCAGCUCUCCAACUCACAUCUACCCAACCACCACGAACCACACGAGGCCGGUUGAAUUUACCUUCAUCGGCAUUCUGCCGGACACGUUUUACAACGUCACAGUGGUCACGGUCCUUAAUUCGUCGCUCCAUUCAAGGAGUAACCCCUCGCACAUCUCUUUUAAAACAGAAUCUCCUGCAAAUGGCAAUGUUGCAGUUACUGCACUAUCUGCAGAUUCUUUUCAGUUCGGAUGGUACCACAGCACGCAGGAUUACAAUUACAUACGAUUCAACCUGGAUGACGAGAACAAGACUGCGUGCGAGAAUGAAACCCUCUUUGCUCUUGGCAACGGCAGCGAGAUUUCUAACAUCACAGACCUCCAAUCUGGUCAGAAAUACAACGUCUUCAUUGAUCAGGAUGGUGUGUGCGAAACCCUUCAGCAGUACACACGUCCGUUACCACCAGUCAACAUAAAGACUACCAACAGACAACUGACCUCCCUCGUAAUCGACUGGUACGACCCAGGCAACGAAACCAUGUUUGACUGGUACUACGUCGCCUUUGAGAGAGCGAAUGAACUUGGUAACUUUACGGAGGUGGGGUACCUCUAUUCGAACAUGACCUCGGUCUUCCUUGAAGGACUGAUGCCGAGCACAGAGUACCUAAUCGAUGUGUCUACGGUCGUGGGCGAGGGAAAUGCUCAGACUUUCAGCGACGGGGAAUUGUUUUCUGCAUACACAGUACCCUUUAGCCCUGCCAAUCUGUCUUUGGGUAGCAUCUCCUCUUGCGCUGGUCAAGUGACCUGGGAUAUCCCUGAAGGAAAUUACGAUUUCUUUGAAGUGACCUACAGUCCGGACCAUGGCUUCACCGACUCUCCAGCCCACAUCUACCGGAGCGACAUCACCAAGAACCAAACCAGGGUUGAAUUUUCCUUCAUCGGCAUUUAUCCGGACACCCGUUACCACGUCACAGUGAUCACGGUCUUUGGGGCCCUCGAUGUGAGGAGUGAGCCGAGGAACAUCGAUUUCAGAACAGAAUCUCCUGCAAAUGGCAAUGUUGCAGUUACUGCACUAUCUGCGGAUUCUUUUCAGUUCGGAUGGUACCACAGCACGCAGGAUUACAAUUACAUACGAUUCAACCUGGAUGACGAGAGCAAGACUGCGUGCGAGAAUGAAACCCUCUUUGCUCUUGGCAACGGCAGCGAGAUUUCUAACAUCACAGACCUCCAAUCUGGUCAGAAAUACAACGUUUUCAUUGAUCAGGAUGGUGUGUGCGAAACCCUUCAGCAGUACACACGUCCGUUACCACCAGUCAACAUAAAGACUACCAACAGACAACUGACCUCCCUCGUAAUCGACUGGUACGACCCAGGCAACGAAACCAUGUUUGACUGGUACUACGUCGCCUUUGAGAGAGCGAAUGAGCUUGGUAACUUUACGGAGGUGGGGUACCUCUAUCCAAACAUGACAUCGGUCUUCCUUGAAGGACUGAUGCCGAGCACAGAGUAUCUAAUCGAUGUGUCUACGGUCGUGGGCGAGGGAAAUGCCCAGACUUUCAGCGACGGGGAAUUGUUUUCUGCAUACACAGUACCCUUUAGCCCUGCCAAUCUGUCUUUGGGUAGCAUCUCCUCUUGCGCUGGUCAAGUGACCUGGGAUAUCCCUGAAGGAAAUUACGAUUUCUUUGAAGUGACCUACAGUCCGGACCAUGGCUUCACCGACUCUCCAGCCCACAUCUACCGGAGCGACAUCACCAAGAACCAAACCAGGGUUGAAUUUUCCUUCAUCGGCAUUUAUCCGGACACCCGUUACCACGUCACAGUGAUCACGGUCUUUGGGGCCCUCGAUGUGAGGAGUGAGCCGAGGAACAUCGAUUUCAGAACAGAAUCUCCUGCAAAUGGCAAUGUUGCAGUUACUGCACUAUCUGCAGAUUCUUUUCAGUUCGGAUGGUACCACAGCACGCAGGAUUACAAUUACAUACGAUUCAACCUGGAUGACGAGAGCAAGACUGCGUGCGAGAAUGAAACCCUCUUUGCUCUUGGCAACGGCAGCGAGAUUUCUAACAUCACAGACCUCCAAUCUGGUCAGAAAUACAACGUCUUCAUUGAUCAGGAUGGUGUGUGCGAAACCCUUCAGCAGUACACACGUCCGUUACCACCAGUCAACAUAAAGACUACCAACAGACAACUGACCUCCCUCGUAAUCGACUGGUACGACCCAGGCAACGAAACCAUGUUUGACUGGUACUACGUCGCCUUUGAGAGAGCGAAUGAGCUUGGUAACUUUACGGAGGUGGGGUACCUCUAUCCAAACAUGACAUCGGUCUUCCUUGAAGGACUAAUGCCGAGCACAGAGUAUCUAAUCGAUGUGUCUACAGUCGUGGGCGAGGGAAAUGCCCAGACUUUCAGCGAUGAGGAACUGUUUUCUGCAUACACAGUACCCUUUAGCCCUGCCAAUCUGUCUUUGGGUAGCAUCUCCUCUUGCGCUGGUCAAGUGACCUGGGAUAUCCCUGAAGGAAAUUACGAUUUCUUUGAAGUGACCUACAGUCCGGACCAUGGCUUCACCGACUCUCCAGCCCACAUCUACCGGAGCGACAUCACCAAGAACCAAACCAGGGUUGAAUUUUCCUUCAUCGGCAUUUAUCCGGACACCCGUUACCACGUCACAGUGAUCACGGUCUUUGGGGCCCUCGAUGUGAGGAGUGAGCCGAGGAACAUCGAUUUCAGAACAGAAUCUCCUGCAAAUGGCAAUGUUGCAGUUACUGCACUAUCUGCAGAUUCUUUUCAGUUCGGAUGGUACCACAGCACGCAGGAUUACAAUUACAUACGAUUCAACCUGGAUGACGAGAGCAAGACUGCGUGCGAGAAUGAAACCCUUUUUGCUCUUGGCAACGGCAGCGAGAUUUCUAAUAUCACAGACCUCCAAUCUGGUCAGAAAUACAACGUAUUCAUUGAUCAGGAUGGUCUGUGCGAAACCCUUCAGCAGUACACACGUCCGUUACCACCAGUCAACAUUAAGACUACCGACAGACAACUGACCUCCCUCGUAAUCGACUGGUCCGACCCAGGCAACGAAACCAUAUUUGAUUGGUACUACGUCGCCUUUGAGAGAGCGAAUGAGCUUGGUAACUUUACGGAGGUGGGGUACCUCUAUCCAAACAUGACCUCGGUCUUCCUUCAAGGACUGAUGCCGAGCACAGAGUACCUAAUCGAUGUGUCUACGGUCGUGGGCGAGGGAAAUGCUCAGACUUUCAGCGACGGGGAAUUGUUUUCUGCAUACACAGUACCCUUUAGCCCUGCCAAUCUGUCUUUGGGUAGAAUCUCCUCUUGUGCUGGUCAAGUAGCCUGGAAUAUCCCUGAAGGCGAUUACGACUUCUUUGAAGUGACCUACAGUCCGGACCAUGGCUUCACCGACUCUCCAGCCCACAUCUACCGGAGUGACAUCAUCAAGAACCAAUCCAGGGUUGAAUUUCCCUUCAUCGGUAUUCUGCCGGACACCGAUUACAAUGUCACAGUGGUCACGGUCUUUGGGGCCAUCGAUGUGAGGAGUGAGCCAAGGAAGAUCGAUUUUAGAACAGAAUCUCCUGCAAAUGGCAUUGUAGCAGUUACUGCACUGUCUGCAGAUUCUUUUCAGGUUGGAUGGGACAAGAGCACGCAGGAUUAUGUUUACAUAGAAUUUAGCCUGGGUUGCGGUUGCGGGAACGAAACCCUCUAUGGUCUUUUCAACGACAGCGAGUAUGUUAACUUCACAGACCUCCAAUCUGGUCAGAAAUACAACGUCUUCUUUGAUCAGGAUGGUGUGUGUGAAACCCUUCAGCAGUACACACGUCCGUUACCACCAGUCAACAUAAAGACUGCCGACAGACAACUGACCUCCCUCGUAAUCGACUGGUCCGACCCAGGCAACGAAACCAUAUUUGACUGGUACUACGUCGCCUUUGAGAGAGCGAAUGAGCUUGGUAACUUUACGGAGGUGGGGUACCUCUAUUCGAACAUGACCUCGGUCUUCCUUCAAGGACUGAUGCCGAGCACAGAGUAUCUAAUCGAUGUGUCUACGGUCGUGGGCGAGGGAAAUGCCCAGACUUUCAGCGACGGGGAAUUGUUUUCUGCAUACACAGUACCCUUUAGCCCUGCCAAUCUGUCUUUGGGUAGAAUCUCCUCUUGUGCUGGUCAAGUGGCCUGGAAUAUCCCUGAAGGCGAUUACGACUUCUUUGAAGUGACCUACAGUCCGGACCAUGGCUUCACCGACUCUCCAGCCCACAUCUACCGGAGUGACAUCAUCAAGAACCAAACCAGGGUUGAAUUUCCCUUCAUCGGUAUUCUGCCGGACACCGAUUACAAUGUCACAGUGGUCACGGUCUUUGGGGCCAUCGAUGUGAGGAGUGAGCCAAGGAAGAUCGAUUUUAGAACAGAAUCUCCUGCAAAUGACAAUGUAGCAGUUACUGCACUGUCUGCAGAUUCUUUUCAGGUCGGAUGGGACAAGAGCACGCAGGAUUACGUUUACAUAGAAUUUAGCCUGGGUUGCGGUUGCGGGAACGAAACCCUCUAUGGUCUUUUCAACGACAGCGAGUAUGUUAACUUCACAGAUCUCCAAUCUGGUCAGAAAUACAACGUCUUCAUUGAUCAGGAUGGUGUGUGUGAAACCAUUCAGCAGUACACACGUCCGUUACCACCAGUCAACAUAAAGACUGCCGACAGACAACUGACCUCCCUCGUAAUCGACUGGUCCGACCCAGGCAACGAAACCAUAUUUGACUGGUACUACGUCGCCUUUGAGAGAGCGAAUGAGCUUGGUAACUUUACGGAGGUGGGGUACCUCUAUCCAAACAUGACAUCGGUUUUACUUGAAGGACUGAUGCCGAGCACAGAGUAUCUAAUCGAUGUGUCUACGGUCGUGGGCGAGGGAAAUGCUCAGACUUUCAGCGACGGGGAAUUGUUUUCUGCAUACACAGCUUCAUUUGCCCAGAUUCUCAGUCUGGCCGUAACCUCUAAAGGCAACACCGAAUUCACCGUGACCUGGCAAGACCUGGGCACCGAUGCCUUUAACCAGUACUGCGUCAGGUAUGAACCAUACGAGGCGAGGGCAAACAGACAGCAGGAGAGGUUUCCUGUAAAGCGGAACUACCGAUCUGCCCGGUUCUAUGGUCUAGAUCCGGGCCAGGAGUACACAGUUUAUGUCACAAGCUGCUCCUCAUACUCGCAGGAAACGAGCUAUCUAAAUGAAAGCAUUUCGUUCAGAUUAGAUCCAGCCGCCAUCGCAGAGAUCCGCAUCAUUGGCGGCUCCCUCGGUCCUCGCGCUGUGACGCUGGAAUGGGACCAACCCGAGGGUAUCCGUGGACUCUACAAAGUGACCCUUGACCCCGCAGACAAGGGCAGUGUGGAUGGGGAUGAGCUUCUUGUCAACAUUACUGGCGACAUGACCAGUGCCAAAAUCCAGAACUUGGCAGCUGGCCAUGGCUAUACAGUUGGAAUUAUUGCUAUCAGUGGAGACAAAAGAAGCGAAGACACAACCCUCCUAUUUUACACAUUACCUGAUCCUCCUCAAAACCUUAUCCUCUCUGAGAUCGGGGAAGACACAGCAAGGUUAUCCUGGGCAGCUCCUGAUGAAAUGAACUUCCCUAUUGUCAGUGUUGUCAUGACAACGAUGCCAGCGACGAUGAGUGUGACCUUGAAUCUUGACACCAACACAAUUGUGCUGUCCAAGCUGGUCCCGGGGGAAACUUAUACUGUCCGACUUGCAUCAGUGAUACGGCCAGAUGAUGCACCGAACCAGGCAGAGGUGAUUGGGGAGCCUCAGGUGUCUUCCCCCUUCCUGAUGAAACCUGCAUUACCAUCCCACAUCUCUGAAACCAACAAGGAGUUGACACAAGUCACGGUAACGUGGCAGCCAAGCGUGGGAGUAGUUGCAAGAUAUUGGUACACCUACGGCAUUUCGGGUUCCGCGGUCCUGGCCAACGAAACCACCACACCGACCAACACCUUCAUCCAGCUGUCCAACCUGAUACCCAGCACGCGCUACGAGUUCCGCCUGUGGGCAGAAAGCGAUCAGACGGACGGAAGUGAAACAAGGUCCAGUGAUGUCGUAACAGUUGACAUCGUCACAAAGCAAUACAGCCCAUAUUUCACCGGAAGCAAGGCUACCGCUACUUCUAUUACAUGGAUAUGGAGCUUGCCAUUUGCGAGUGUUACCGUUACGAAUUUUGUAAUCUCAAUCAAAGAAAACACGGGCACUACCAUCAACACGCUUCGGGUACAAAGCCUGAGUCAUACCGAGGAGAAUCUGAUCUCAUACACAGCUUAUUUCGCUGUUCUCCAGGCUGUCUACGUCAAUGUCCCUAGCGAUCCUGUCAGUGCACUCCCAGUAACAACACUGCCAUCCAUGCCUAGUGAGGUCAGUGGACUGACCAUCACCCAGACUGGAAUCCUCGAUGCUCAGGUCAGCUGGUCUUCUCCUCUGCUUCCAAAUGGCGUCAUUGCCAACUACACCCUGGCCAUUCACAUCUCACUUGACGAUGGUACCCUCUCUCCAUACAGGGAAAUUGCCACCAUUAGGGCUGUGAAUGGGCAGACAGAUUACUCACAGGAUGUCAUUGGCUUGGCUGUAGGGCAGUACUACGUUUUCUCGGUGUACGCUACCAACCAGGUCGCAUCAAGCAAUCGAAGGUCGACCACGAGAACCCUGUUUGCUGAAACAGCUCCACCAGCUCCACCUCGUGGAGCAACUCCGUUGUUGGUCUCUCGAGGCAUCACCACUAUCACCAUCACUUUUUACAACCUUUUUGAUACGAGUUUUGGACGCAUCGUGCGCUUAGCAAUCAUCGGGCAGGAACGAGUGGAUGGCGGUACAAUUGUCAACACAGCCAAACGUCAGAACACAUUUGAGCUUACCUGGGCCGAAGCCAGAAGAACACGCCCUGUUCCCGUCUACCAGCCCACGCCUAACGACUAUAACCCCUUUGCUGAUGGAGCACCUGUAGCCACCUUCAGAGUUGGGUCGGAGAAUUGUGAUCCUGACGACCUCACUGUCUAUUGCAACGGGGCUCUCUACCCUGCCACUUAUUACAGAUUUGCUAUUAGAGCGUAUGGUGUUGACGGCAAGUAUGUGGAUACUGAAUUUAGCUCGCUAUUUAGAACAGAUCCUGACAGAGAAAUAUUUGUCAUCCCGGCAACUGUCCUAGUCAUCAUCGUAUUCACCAUCCUCGCCAUCUUCAUGGCCAUGGGAUUCGGAUGCUGCGGAAAACCAAAUGGUGGUAUGCACUCUGACGACAAUAAUGUAUAUCCCAUUGGCUACAUGUAUAGUAAUGGCAACGGCAUUAUGAAGAGGGUGCUGAUCAGCGAUGGAGUAAAUACGACGUACGCAUACCGGCAGCCGCGAAUGAUGGAGCACUCGUUCACGAACAUACCGGAUUACUCCACGAUACCACCUAACGAGGGGACCUCAGCCCAAGUCCACCAACCUGCGACCACACAUUCACGUCCUAGCAAGAAGAUUAUGUUUGCCCAACAUGUUGCAAAGAUGUCUGCUCGCAACAAUGAUGGCUUCAGUGAUGAAUACAACAGUUUGCCAGCAAUGGAAAAGAUUCGAGCGGUGACUGUGGCUCGAAAUGCCAGAAAUGAUGAUAAGAAUAGAUUCAGGAACAUCUUGCCUUAUGACUACAACAGAGUCCAACUGAAAGGAGAAGUCGGUAACGAUUACAUCAAUGCAAGUUACAUUGCGGAUGAUCAAGGAAACAGGAAGUACAUUGCGACCCAAGGACCCUUGCCAAACACCAUUGACCACUUCUGGGAGAUGGUUUGGGAGACCAAGGCCAGUACCAUUGUGAUGAUGACUGCAUUGGUGGAAAGAGGAAAGGUAAGGGGGAAGAUGAUUGAUGUUAAAGGUGAUGGUGAUGAUGAUGAUGGUGGUGGUGGUAUUGGUGGUGUGGUGAUGACGGUGAUUUAG